UAUCGUUGCAACAUGGAGGGCGUUCUUUUUAAACAUUGAUUGAAUCGCCAUGUACUCUGGGUUGUAUUUUUCUACAACUACGACCGUCUGCAACUUAUUGUUAAAAUUAGGUCCCAGUGAGUGUUCUAGGACGAUAUUUACUAGAGUUUUCUGGAGUAUAUUUCAGUAAAAAAUAUGUUUUUGCCUAUAGGGGUCGUGCCGGACAUACGUCUAAUGUUUCCGCGUCUCUUGGGAUAACCUGACAUUUGAAAACAGCAGACGGCAAAAGGAACAUUAUUUUAAGACCUGGGAAAAACAGAUGAAGCUUUGAGUGAAAAUAUUUGGUUUCUAACUGCAGAAAGGAGUUUAUUUUUAGCACUGCAAAGUCUGAGAAGUUCUUAUUUCGGAUACCCCAGUCAGUGAUGUUCAUUUUUGUGCCGUGAGUGGUGUGUUGAUAUGAAUCAACCCUCUUCUUUCAACUACGUUUUAACUAUGACUAUAUUAUUUCUUCGAGUAGGAAUUAACACAUAGAAAAAAACUUGUGCCAACUUCGGAAUUCCUAAAUUCAUUAAAGAACCGAAUUUCCGCAAACAGUGAAUGUGUUAUGAAAAAGUUUGUGGUGCGAGGUGGAAGUCGGUCAAAAUUGUGAAAUCUUCAAGGAUAUUGGAUACCAAAUACUUUUAAACCCAACUUUCCAAUGGUAAUUGAUCCUCGAGCAAUUUAAAUCAGAAUGCAGAGUACUUAAUCCGGCGAAUUAAUUCCAAAAUUCAGGAGAGAUUGAAGCCCUUAAUGAUAUCAUCACCAAUCAGCACACAACAGAAUCAGGGAUGGAGAAUGCCAAAAAAGCAGGAAGUUGUGUUGUAGGCCAAAAGCUGGUAAUAGUUAUAACACUCAUGUCGAUAGUCUUUAUUUCUCGAGGCAAUGCCACACAGAAUUUUAUAGUUGAACCACAAAAUACUUCAGCAAUCCAGGGCAGUACUACAAUAUUAAAGUGUACAGUGUCUGAUCGCAAUGGCCAAGUACAGUGGACUAAGGAUAAGUUCGCCCUGGGCACUGAUCGUAAUUUAGAAUGGUAUCCACGUUAUUCAAUGAUAGGUACUGAUGCUCCAGUUGGCAGACCAUAUGCAAUAGGUGAAUAUAAUCUACAAAUUAUAGAUGUCCAGCUGGAAGAUGACGCCAUCUAUCAGUGUCAAGUUGGUGCAACAGAUAUGGUCAAAGGUAUCCGCAGUCAGACGGCAAAAUUAAAUGUUCUGUUGCCUCCUGAACCUCCUACUAUUGAUGGUGGACCUAAAAUAGAAAUUGUUAAAGGUAGACCUACAAAUAUAUCGUGUAGAGCGUUAAAUGGUAAACCUGCUGCUGAUGUCACAUGGUAUAGAGAAGACAGACGCAUUAGAAAGUCAGUAUUUUCCAGAAGUAUACCGAAGGAAGAUGGAAAACGAGUGGACACUAUCGGUAUUGUCACCAUGAAUGCUACAUUAGAUGAUGCAGGCAAGACGAUUAAAUGCUUGGUUCAAAAUGAGGCCAUGACCGAGCCUUAUAUAGUUUCGGCUACAAUAGAUGUUCAGUAUGUACCAGAAGUACACAUGAGUAUAAAUAAAUCUGAAACUAUCAAAGAAUAUGAUUUUUUAAGAAUAACAUGUAGCGGACGUGCUAAUCCUGCGAGUAUAUCCUGGAAAUGGUAUAAAAACGAACAAGAAAUAUUGGAUGAAACUCGUAAUGUUCUCGACAUUCCAAAAAUCACCCGAACUUAUCAUGAAGACACUAUAUCAUGUGAAGCUACAAAUGAAGUAGGCUCAACUAGAAAACAUCAUAAAUUAGAUGUUCAUUUUGGUCCAAAAUUCAUUGGUUCACCUAAACAUGCUACAGUUGACCUUGGUGAUGAUGUAUCACUACACUGUCAAGCAGACGGUAAUCCUACGCCUAGUAUAAUAUGGACAAAGAAAGGUUCUAAUCAUGUACUGGGCAGUACACCAAUAUAUAAAAUACAAUCAGUUAAGAAAAAAGACAUGAGUAUUUAUAUAUGUACAGCUACAGUCAUGGGUUUCAGUGAAAUCAGUCGGGAAAUAUAUCUACUUCAAAAUGGUCCACCUCGUAUAAUGAGUGAAGUUCAACAAUAUGCUAGUAAAGGUGAUACAGCUCGUGUUGAAUGUUUAACAUAUUCUGCACCUCUACCACAAAAUAUCGUCUGGUUGAGAAAUGGUCAACCAAUAAACUACGCCUCAUCCGGAAGAUACUCAGCUAAAGAAGAAGAUUUACCAUUUGGAAGAAAGAGUACGCUACAAAUAUUGAAUAUUCAUGAAGAUGAUUUUGGUGAUUUUAACUGUAGUGUAUCUAAUAGUUACGGUCAAGAUAUAGCUACAAUAAAACUUAUAGAAAAAGUGGUUCCACCGUUACCAUAUAUAAUUGGUGGUGUAGUUGGUGGUAUAACAGUUAUAUUUGUUAUAGUAUUAGUCUGUGUAUUAUAUAAUAGAUAUAAAUCAGCUGAUACUAAUAGUGUACUGGGUUCCUAUACAGAUACAGAUAGCAGUACUGAAAAUAAAAAACGUGAAAAAUCUGAUUCACCAUCUACUUUAAUGGAUCAAUGGAGACAAGAUUAUAAUAAAGAUUUUUACCGAUAUUCAGCUGAUUAUGAUGAAUUAAAUUAUGGCAAAGAAAAUAAAGGCAAUAAUAAUUCGUAUGGGUUUAUAGAACCAUAUCCUUUAAAUACAUACAGAGAACGACAACCUGGUGAGGAGGAAUAUCUUAGUGCUAAUGAUGUUAUUGAACCUGUAGAUAGAUAUGAUACAUUACAUGGUUAUAGUAGUUUUAGGAGUACACCGGUUCCUAAUUCCCAGUUACCCCCAGCUAGUAUCAGUGGCAGUAAACUAGCUACAAAUGUGUAGAUAAAGAAAUAUUAAUUUAUAUUAAUUUUAAUUUUUAAAAAACAUCAAGAUUCAUCUGAUUGAAUGUAAUUUUCAACAAAAAUAUUCAACAGUUUGAUGGACCUGCAAAAAUAUACUUAAUGGACAACAUAUUCGCUCAACAUCGUGCAAUCAUUUUCAAAUAAGAAGCGAAAGAUUUGAAGAAAAAAGAAUCAUAUUAAGUAUUCGUCCAUUUUAUUUCAUAUCUAGUCAAAGAAUUGAAGUGUUUUGUGUUAAACAUCGACUCGAAGAAAUCCAUUAUUCCACCAACAGACUUCUGUUAGUUACGGUACAUUUGUACGUCUGCUAGUCAAAUCGUUAAGGCAACAAAAAUGGCAGAAGGAAGAAACAUGGAAGUGGUCACAUGUACAGUUGUACAGUUAUAAAGUGAUCACAUUUUUAGUGUGAUUGUGGUUGUGCUAUUUUUAUUGUCAUAUAGAAAAUGGCAGAUGUGAAUAUUCUAUUUAUAGAGAUGGUGACAAUGACAACUUGAAAGUGCUUAAUUAAUUAUUAUUUAUAAGACUUGCCGUGCGAGACAAAAAAAUUUAUUUUCACAAUUUAAAUAAAUUCAAGGUACCAUUUCAUCCAUUUUUUUAAAAAAAGAAAAAAAAAAUCAAGAAAAAAAGAUGAAUGAACAGUGAAUAUGGAUGCAAAUGAUUAAAGCUCAAAUUAAUGGAAGGUCAAGGUUCGCAAAAUACUCAAAGAGCUUUAUUACAUUUAAGAACAAAGAUUUCUGUGUGACAAUGUGUGAUAAGGAUUUCACACAAUUCCAAUGCAAUAAAUUUAAUCAUUGUGUGUGUUUGAAUUGUAAAUAAACUUCCAUGUUUUUUUAUAUAAAAAAAUAAUCAAUUCUGAAGUUGACCUGUGCAAAAUCCUCAUUUUUGAAGGGAAACUUGUAUGAAUUUGAAUAGCUGAGAAGACUUUUAGAUAGUUAUUGUACAUAGCAAUUGUUUAUUUUUUCAAUAUAAUUUAUAAAUGUAGCAAUAUUUAGAUAUAAGCUGGCUUAAUAUAAUAACAUGUUACAGAAUGAAGUGUGUUAAAUUCCUGCCACUGUGGAUUUGUGUGGCCAUUAUUAUUAUUAUGAUUGUAUUAAUAUAACUACAUGUAUAAUCAUUAUCAUGGUUUAUUUUUGGAAUAACAAAUGUAUCAGACUUGUUCAAUAAUUUAAAUUUUAAGUGACCAUUGAUCUAAGGACAUCUUAUUUACAUACUCAGAAGAAUGGUAUAAUUGAACUACUAGAAGAAAUUGUAGCACAUGUUGAUAUUGUAGUCUAUAAAAAUUUAAUUAGCUGCAAUCUGUAUUAUCCAUGCCCCUUAACGGACAAAUUUAUGAUCUCUGUUUGAGUAAAAAUAUGAACUUUGAGAGCAAGAUAUUGAAAUGUGGUAGCAUAUUGUGGUCAUCCUCAUCAGUUGCCUCGCUAGAGGCUAAUAUAAUUAUGGAUACUAGAAGCCAAACAAAUUUUAUUUUGUUCAUACACUGCGAUGUUGAGAAAAUUGCCUCUACUGUGUUUAAACUUGCAUCCGUUUCUAUCUUUAAAUUGAACACUGAUUUAGUUAAUUUGAUAGUGAACAAGUCUGAUAUAUUUUUAUAUGCUAUUUAUUUUACUGCAGUGCACUGUUUCACACAAUACAUGCCUAACUAAAUAAUAUCACCCAUUGUUCUUCCUCUCACAAACACAUUAUAUAUUUACAGUGAAUAUAAUAGAUGAUAAUAUAUUAUGUUUUUGUACAUGAUGUGAGAAUAUCACUCUUCAUUAAAAUAAUCAACUUAUAUAUUAUAUACAGUAUUCUUAUCACCACCAUAAUACUGUCAAAUAAAAUAAUAAAACAUUAA